AUGAACAAGGAAUUAAAUUUCUCUACAUUUGCCACAACAGAAGAAUUAUGCAACAUGUAUGGAGAGAAAUCUGUUCUUGAAACAAAUGAAAAAAAU